GUUUCCUAGAUCUGAAAGAAAGGCCGAGUUAAGAGUACCCUUCCAAAAUGGCUGCUCUUAAGGAAGAGAGAGAUGUGGAAGACUACAAGAGGAAAGGAAGACGAUCCUCACAGGGCCAUGAGCCAAAGGAGCCAGAGCAGUUGAGAAAGCUGUUCAUUGGAGGUCUGAGCUUUGAAACAACAGAUGAUAGCUUGAGAGAGCACUUUGAAAAAUGGGGCACGCUCACGGACUGUGUGGUGAUGAGAGACCCACAAACAAAGCGUUCCAGGGGCUUUGGCUUUGUGACUUACUCUUGUGUGGAGGAGGUGGAUGCUGCCAUGAGUGCUCGACCGCAUAAAGUUGAUGGACGCGUGGUUGAACCAAAGAGAGCAGUUUCAAGGGAGGAUUCUGUAAAGCCUGGAGCACAUCUCACAGUAAAGAAAAUAUUUGUUGGUGGAAUUAAAGAGGAUACAGAAGAAUAUAAUUUAAGGGAGUACUUUGAAAAAUAUGGCAAGAUUGAAACCAUAGAAGUCAUGGAAGACAGGCAAAGCGGAAAGAAAAGAGGCUUCGCUUUUGUAACUUUUGAUGAUCAUGAUACAGUUGAUAAAAUUGUUGUUCAGAAAUAUCAUACUAUAAAUGGACAUAACUGUGAAGUGAAAAAAGCACUCUCAAAACAAGAGAUGCAAACUGCUAGCUCUCAGAGAGGUCGUGGGGGUGGCUCAGGCAACUUCAUGGGUCGUGGAAACUUUGGAGGCGGUGGAGGGAACUUUGGCCGAGGAGGAAACUUCGGUGGAAGAGGAGGCUAUGGGGGUGGUGGUGGCGGUGGUGGGAGCAGAGGAAGCUUUGGGGGUGGUGACGGAUACAAUGGAUUUGGUGAUGGUGGCAACUAUGGAGGUGGUCCUGGCUAUGGCAGCAGAGGAGGUUAUGGCGGUGGUGGAGGACCAGGAUAUGGAAACCCAGGUGGUGGAUACGGAGGUGGAGGAGGAGGAUAUGACGGCUACAAUGAAGGAGGAAAUUUUGGUGGUGGUAAUUAUGGUGGAAGUGGAAACUACAAUGAUUUUGGCAAUUACAGUGGACAACAGCAGUCUAACUAUGGUCCCAUGAAAGGUGGUGGCAGCUUUGGUGGCAGAAGUUCAGGCAGUCCCUAUGGUGGUGGUUAUGGAUCUGGAAGUGGCAGUGGGGGCUAUGGUGGUAGAAGAUUCUAAAAACGCUACCAGAAAAAGGGCUACAGUUCUUAGCAGGAGAGAGAGCGAGGAGUUGUCAGGAAAGCUGCAGGUUACUUUGAGACAGUCGUCCCAAAUGCAUUAGAGGAACUGUAAAAUCUGCCACAGAAGGAACGAUGAUCCAUAGUCAGAAAAGUUACUGCAGCUUAAACAGGAAACCCUUCUUGUUCAGGACUGUCAUAGCCACAGUUUGCAAAAAGUGCAGCUAUUGAUUAAUGCAAUGUAGUGUCGAUUAGAUGUACAUUCCUGAGGUCUUUAUCUGUUGUAGCUUUGUCUUUCUUUUUUCUUUUUAUUUUCCCAUUACAUCAGGUAUAUUGCCCUGUAAAUUGUGGUAGUGGUACCAGGAAUAAACAAAUUAAGGAAUUUUUAACUUUUCAAUAUUUGUGUAGUUCAGUUUUUCCACAUUUAGUACAGAGAACUCUAUAACAGAAAUAAAAUGUAGUUUAGGGUGUUUCCUUGUUAGUUAAUAGAGAGGAUUAAUGCAUUUCUCAAUUACUAUUUUGUAUUAAUUUAAAGUUAACAAUAGAAACACCUAUUGAUUUGCAGUCUUAAGGGGUCUAGUCUCAGUGUAUAUAUGUAACUGUCAUUGACAUGAGUUACAUAGGCAUACAGAGGGAAAACAUCUGUAUGUUGCAUUAUAGUUUGUUUAGAUGUAUAACUAGGAUUGAGUUACUCAAAUUAGUGUUUGUGAAUUAUAGAACUAAGCUUUACCUUAAUGAAAAUUUCAAAUUACUUUUUGGUUUGUGCAUAUUUUUUUAAUUUGUAGUUCUGUAUUAGUACUAGCGCUUCAAGAAAAUAAGGCAUGAUAAAUAUUUUAACAAGACCAACUUUAGACACAUCAAAGCUGUCUCCCGUCUCAUUUGAGAUGUAUGAGGGAUAACUGCAGUUGCUUAAGUCUUGGGUGAAGAGAAAAAGAAACUUGCUUUUUACCUUUAUAUUUAUUGUAAUUCCCGAGAAGUUAAGGUGGGGGGAAUCAAGUGCCUGUUUCCUUGGGAUAUACAAUGAUUCUGUUUCAAUAAAACUAUACUCUGGGGAGGGUGGCUUGGAAUUUUCAUCCCCUUCCUUUGUCCCAAUUUCCCUCUCCCUCGCACCAGACUGCGCUGUUUCAAUUAAACGAGGCGUCAUAGUGAGAGUACUAGGUGUGUUCCUCAAUAACUUAAUGGCUAUAUACUUUCUUGCAUGCACCCUAGGCAAUUUUCUGGACACAUUCUUCUGACUGGGAGCCAAGGGUAGCGCAGGUGUAAUCACUGACAGUCCCAGGUAACGCGUUCCAAAAGCCCAUGCACGAUGGGCACCGAUAGCAUAGUUCUCAAGCUUUUUCCCUUGCGAAUGUCUGCGCUCAGCUGAGAGCUCGAAGAUAAAACACGAUCCAGUUGUGUUUUCCUGACGAGAAACACUUCCCACAAUGUAGAAUGGUACAGUCGUGAGUUUCCGCAGGUAGAAUGCUAGUGUGUUACAUUUUGAUUUGAUGCACUGGAGUAGCAAAUCUUACCAGCACAUAUGGCUAGAAAUUGUACUUCAUUCUCACUCCUGACCUCCAAAUUAAGGCACUGCAGUCUGUCCUUUCCUCAGCUGAUGCGAAUUCUCUCUCGACUGUUGCCAGGACAGUGCUUUCUGUCAAUUCAGACUCGGAAGAGUAGGGACCCAGUCAAUAGAAGAAAUAUUCAGACACUUGACAAUAUGGUAUUGGAAUUACUCACACCUGUUUCACUGCUGGGUCAAUGUGCAGGAUAAGGUAAAUGCGAUUCCAGUGUAGGAAUGAAUCUGCAAAGAUGUAUGAAAUGGCUCAAGGCAUAAUCAGUUAUAUUAAGAAUGAAUUACAAUUUUAAGUAGUAGAAAAAUGAGUGUGUUGUUUGAAAAAAAAAAAUUAAACAAUGUUAUUUAAACACUGUUAUUGGAGUGUAUUUAGACUGCAGUACACUAAAACAAGGAACUGGUGUCAAGAUGGUAGCCUCCAAACUGGAUUUCAAAGUCUGCUUAUUCUUUUCUGUGGAGUUUUAAAAUAUCUCUAAAGUUAAAGCAAGAACUGGUGAUUUAGUGAACGCUUCUGUUGUUGUACAUACUAAUUUGGGCUUGGGGUGGGGGGGAGGUUGUAUUUCAAUAAAGGCGUUUUUUAAACAACCCAUUUGGAGUUUGAAACCAUUGACAACUAAAACACAACUCACUAGGGAGUGAGCCACCUAACUACCGACUUGCUUUGUACCUUACUACGCUUAGAUGAUGUGUAGACUUGUACCUGGGGCCUGCAUCUGAUUGCAGGGACAACUGGAGGAUGGGGUUGACGAUUGAUCUGGUAUUUCUAAAUUUUUUUAGAAUGUAUUGACAGUGUUCUUUUUAACAGGGCCUCUUGUAGCUGUACUGUGACAACCAUGUUAACUUUGAACAAUAGUGUCAUAAUAAACUUUAUGAACAAGA